AACAAAUCCAAAUCCAAAUCCCAGAUCCAAACCAGUAAUUUAAUUUCCGGUCCGAUUCUUCCACCGGAAAAUCACAGAACAUUCUACACUUUUCCAAUUUCCACCACCAUUUUCUCGAACCCACCAAACUCCACCGCCAUCAUUUUCUAUAUACCUCCUCCCCAUUCCCCAAUCACCACCUUAAUCAAUUCAAUUUCUCCAAUUUCCAAUUUCCAAUUUCCAAUUUCGAUUCGAUUUUUCAGUGCUAGGGUUCCGGCUAACACUUUCAGAAAUGGCCGACGACAAUGCCGUCACGCUGUACAACAGCAACCCGGCGAUCACCGACGCCGCCAAAAAGAAUCCGUUCUCAAUCAAAGUCGCCAUGGCCCAGAUGCUCCGCGGCGGCGCCAUCGUCGAGGUCACAACCCUAGAUCAGGCCAGGAUCGCCGAAUCCGCCGGCGCCUGCUGCGUCGUCGUCUCGGAUCCGCGGAAACCCGGGAUCUCCCGCAUGCCCGACCCGUCACUCAUCAAGGAGAUCAAGCGGGCCGUAACCAUACCUGUGAUGGCCAAAUCCCGGGUCGGGCACUUCGUCGAGGCGCAGAUCCUCGAAUCCAUCGGCGUCGACUACAUCGACGAGAGCGAAGCCCUCGCCUUCGCCGACGAGGACCACUUCAUCAACAAGCACAACUUCGGCGUCGCCUUCGUCUGCGGCUGCCGCGAUUUGGGGGAAGCCCUAAUUAGGGUUCGCGAGGGAGCAGCUCUGAUUAGAACUCAGGGGGAUCUAUCCCGAUCCGGCGACAUUGUCCAGACUGUUCGAAGCGUGAGGAAAGUGAUGGGCGAGAUUAGGGUUCUGAACAACAUGGACGAUGACGAGGUUUUCGCCUUCUCGAAACGUAUCAGGGCCCCAUACGACAUUGUUGCUCAGACGAAGCAGAUGGGGCGGCUGCCGGUGGUGCAUUUUGCCGCCGGAGGAAUCUCCACCCCUGCUGAUGCAGCACUCAUGAUGCAGUUAGGGUGCGAUGGGGUUUUCUUGGAGUCUGAGGUUUUCGAUUGUUUGGACCCGUAUAAGAAGGUUCGUGCGAUUGUUCAGGCUGUUAGAAAUUAUAACGACCCGUUGGAAUUGGCUCAGGCGAGCUCCGGUUUGGAGGAGGCUAUGGCGGGAUUGAAUGUUGAUGAGCAGUUUGGUGCUGCUGGAGGAAGUUCUUACUGAUUGAUUCGGUUUUGCUGUGAGUGAGUUCUUGUAUUGUUUUCUUUCGAUCUUUCUUGUUUUUUUUUUUUUUUGGAGUAUGAUGAAAUGAUGAUGUAUUUGAUAAUUGAUACCGAGAAAUAAGAGCUUAAUGGUAGCUGAGGAAUCGGAAUAAGAAUGUAUGGUUGUUGUAUAAAACAUUGUAUGAGAAAAUCAGAUAUUUUGUAGGAAAUUUUGAAUAUUUUAGCAAGAUACGAAGCUCAUCUUCGGUGAA